UGCCCGGGAAGGCCAUGUCGCGACUCCUACUGGGAGGGCAACAGGAGACUCCGGAGAAGACGUUUCGCUUCUUUGGAAACUUGUGGAGGCCCUGAGGGGGGCACACGGGAGCCCCUUACGGGCAGCCUCCGUGGGAUGUGUGGGGCUGUGCGGUCUGAGCACUCCUUCAGGCUUACGGUUUCCAGAGUGUGGCGCCCUUGUUGCGUAUGACGGACACAGUCCCCAGGUCGCUCCCGAGACGCCGCAGUCCGGAGGAGCCGGGCCGAGGGCGGACCCGGGACCGGCCCGUGUCCUCGCGCAGCCGGGUCGCCGAGCUCUCGCCGUCGGCUCCUGCAGCCGGCCCUGACGCAACAGGCUCGGCCGCUCGGCGCCGUGAAGCACCGCGGGACUGUUUUGUUCCAAACAGCUCUAUGACGUCGGGGUGAGGGCUCUUGGGUAUGAGGACUCAAGACCAGAAAUAUUCUCGGGAAGAAUUUGUUGAAGAGCAGAGGCAGAAGGGAGAGAACUUCAGAGGAAAGGGCCUCCGCGCCGGCCAAUCCCAGCCGUCAAAACACGGGAACUGGACGGAAGCUGUCCAGGGCGCCUUCGCCGGGCUCCAGACGCGGCGAGGUCGGCUGUCGUCGCGCCAGGCAGUAUCCUUGUGCUCGGCAGAUUUCGGGCAAAGUUAAAGUUAACGGUUGGGGAAAUGGAGAGCGGCCUGAGAGCUACGAGUGAAAGCCUUGGGGAGCAGUACUACAAAGAUGCCAUGGAGCAAUGCCACAAUUACAAUGCCCGCCUCUGUGCUGAGCGCAGCGUGCGCCUGCCUUUCUUGGACUCACAGACCGGAGUAGCCCAGAGCAACUGUUAUAUCUGGAUGGAAAAACGACACCGGGGUCCAGGAUUGGCCUCUGGGCAGCUGUACUCGUACCCUGCCCGGCGCUGGCGGAAAAAGCGGCGAGCCCACCCUCCUGAGGACCCAAGACUUUCUUUCCCGUCUAUUAAACCAGACCCAGAGCCGGCUGCCUUCAGCCCUUUUGAGCCUUGCCUCAUCCUGACCUUGCCUGCAGACACAGACCAGACCCUGAAGAAGGAGGGGCUGAUCUCUCAGGAUGGCAGUAGUUUAGAGGCUCUGUUGCGCACCGACCCCCUGGAGAAGCGAGGCGCCCCAGAUCCCCGAGUUGAUGAUGACAGCCUGGGCGAGUUUCCUGUGACCAACAGUCGAGCACGGAAGCGGAUCCUAGAACCGGAUGACUUCCUGGAUGACCUCGAUGAUGAGGACUAUGAAGAAGACACUCCCAAGCGUCGGGGCAAAGGGAAAUCCAAGGGUAAAGGUGUGGGCAGUGCCCGGAAGAAGCUGGACGCUUCCAUCCUGGAGGACCGGGACAAACCCUAUGCCUGUGACAAUAGUUUCAAACAAAAGCAUACCUCGAAAGCGCCCCAGAGAGUUUGUGGAAAACGUUACAAGAACCGACCAGGCCUCAGCUAUCACUAUGCCCACUCCCACUUGGCUGAGGAGGAGGGCGAAGACAAGGAAGACUCGCAGCCACCCACCCCGGUUUCCCAGAGGUCCGAGGAGCAGAAAUCCAAGAAGGGUCCCGAUGGAUUGGCACUGCCCAACAAUUACUGCGACUUCUGUCUGGGGGACUCAAAGAUCAACAAGAAGACAGGACAACCCGAGGAGCUGGUGUCAUGUUCUGACUGUGGUCGCUCAGGGCAUCCAUCUUGCCUGCAGUUCACCCCUGUGAUGAUGGCAGCAGUGAAGACCUACCGCUGGCAGUGCAUCGAGUGCAAGUGCUGCAACAUCUGCGGCACCUCCGAGAAUGACGACCAGCUGCUAUUCUGUGAUGACUGCGAUCGUGGCUACCACAUGUACUGUCUUACCCCGUCCAUGUCUGAGCCUCCUGAAGGAAGUUGGAGCUGCCACUUGUGUCUGGACCUGCUGAAGGAGAAAGCCUCCAUCUACCAGAACCAGAACUCCUCUUGAUGUGGCCACUCCCCCUGUCCCCACCCCCCACCCCCGUACAUCUAGGGCUGUUUUCUCCUCUCUUGUUUUUCAUGCCCACCUUUUCCUUCCUCCUGUCUCUCACAAGUCCAGAGAACUGGGGGUGGUUGUGCCGGCCUGCCUCGCCACAGCACGCUGAGGUGGCAGCUCUGACUGCCUCUGGCCCCAGGCCCUCAGGGAGAACGGAGCAGCGUACUGCCCCAAGGCGUACCUGGGGGCCCAGCUUCUCACGGCUCUCCAUGAAGUGCAUUCACUUGCCUGCCUUGGGCCCUGGCCCUGGCGAUCACAGGGUUCAGACAGUGUCCACUGAGAAAGAGUAGGGGAGCAGUUCACUUCUCUCUGAGCUUUGCCUCCACUCUGGUCCCCAGGGUUUUCCCUUCCCCCAGAGGCAAGCCCGGCCAGGUCCUUUACUAGGAGUAGCUGGGAGUGAGCAACUGAGCAAACUGAGGAUGCGCUUGCAAGGAGCUUUCCAUGCCUUUCCUGCUGCUUAGCCUCACCACCUCCUUCCCCGAUGGUGGUUCUCUGCAGCUCUUUGUUCCUGCUCUCCACGAUCCUUUGCCUGAGCCAGGAUGCUCUUCGUCACUCUCUGGGCACUGCCCUGUCCCACCCUGGGGGGAGUGGCAGCUUCAUUCUGAUUCCUCCUCGUGCUCACCUGGCUCUCACAGGCAGUCUGUAGUGACUGCAGCAUUCCCCACCCUUGGAACUUCCUAUCUUUUGCCUCCCGUCCUUACUCCCUUUGGUUUUGUGGGGAGAGGGAAAGCAUCAGGGGGCCAGGCCAGCCGCUUGGGGGUCCCAGGGAGAAGUUGGACAAUGUGCCUGUUUUUUAACUCGAUGAAAAAGCCUACCUCCAAAGUCCCCUUUUUGUUCUUCCUAGACCUGGGUAUUUAGCUCCUGCCCUUAACUGAAUUGGGAGCCUCUGCCUCCUGCUCUGCGUAUCCUGGCUCCUGGGUCAUGGGGAAGCCACAUAGACAUCCCUUUCUUCCCUUGCACGCUCACUAGCAGCUGGUAAGGUCUUCACACCCUGAUUCCUCAGUUUUCUGCCUGGUGACACUUUUAAGUAGUGGGAGGGACACUCCAAUGCCAGGGCAACCUGGAGUGGCCUUCCUAUUGGCCGUGGGCAGGCCCUAAUUCACUGUCGCUUUGGAGUUGUGUCUUUUUUCUUUAGUUCCUGUUAAUUCUAAACAUUAGUACAAAUAAACGUUUUUACACAGA